GGAUAGCCAGACGAAAAUGCCCAGCCCCAGACGGAUACGGAUACGAAUGCAAACAUGAAUUCCUACUUUGAUUCGGCCAUCGAACACAAUCGAACAAACACGAUUAGUCUGGCGCACUCGAACGAGUCGCAGUCGCAGGCGCAGAGUUUCUCCAACGAAAAGAACUGGGAAUGGUCGUAUCUGGUGCGCAAAUGCCGCAAUCUGGAGCUGGAGGAGUCGUACGAUUUGUAUAUGCGACGGCUGCGUGUCGGCUACCUCUCGCUGUUCAUCUUCAUUCAGCUGCAGGUGACCAUCACGCACACGCUGCUGCUGCUGACGACGCCGGAAAUCCGCUACGUGUAUGUGGACAUGGCCGCCUACAUUGCCUCCGGCGUGGUCAUCUGGCUGAUCCUCUCGAUUAACUUCCGCAACGAGCUGGUCAGCAAGCACGGCUGGGUGGUGUACGUCUCCUCGUGGCUGGCCGUCUGCGUGAUGGUCCUGAUGGACAUCGGGCUGAAUGUGUACCACGCCACCAGCCACAACUUCAUACUGAAUCCCAUCUACGACGCGUACACGCUGUACGCCAUCUACAUGUUCAUGCCGGUGCCGUAUCUGCUGCAGCCGUUCGUGCUCGGCUCCGCCGUCACCGUGUGCUACAUCAUCAACUACAUAUUCGUGAUCACCUCGAAGGAGGACAACCAGAUGCACAGCAUCCUCAACGAGGCCAUCUACCUGAGCAGCGUCAACCUGCUGGGCAUCUUCUUUCGCCUCAUGCGGGACAUUGCGCUGCGGACCACCUUCCUCGAUCGCCGGCAGUACGUGGAGGAGAAUCUCCUUCUGCGCUACGCUCGCGACCAGGAACGGAGCCUGCUGCUCAGCAUCCUGCCCAACCAGAUCGCCGAUCGCCUGCAGGAGGAUGUCAAGAACCGCAUCGAGCGCUCCAAGCAGCAGCACCAGCAGCGAUCCCACGUAGACACGCAGCGGACAACAGACAGUCAGAACCUGAAGCGAUGGCGACAGCCAGAUCACGGCACCCUCUUCAUUGAGCCCCAUGAGGAUGUGACUGUCCUGUAUGCCGACGUGGUGAACUACACGCACCUGACCACCACUCUGGAUGUGAAGAAGCUUGUGGAGGCGCUGCACGACCUCUUUGUGCGCUUCGACAUCGCCAGCGAGGAGUACAAUGUGCUGCGGAUCAAGUUCCUGGGCGACUGCUACUACUGCGUGGCGGGGCUGGUCAGUCCCAAUGCGGACCAUGCCAAGUGCUGUGUGGACUUGGGCCUGCGCAUGAUCAAGGAUAUACGGGACGUCAGAGAGAAGCGGCACCUCAACAUUGACAUGCGCAUCGGCGUGCACUCUGGCGAUGUGCUGUCGGGGGUGAUUGGAGCCGCCAAGUGGCAGUUUGACAUUUGGUCCAAGGACGUGGACAUUGCCAACCGAUUGGAGACUACUGGGGCCACCGGGCGCGUGCAUGUCAGCCAGAAGACGCUCGCCCUGCUGGACGGCGAGUAUUUCUUCGAGGACGGAACGGAGAAGGCGCGCGAGGAUCCCGUGCUGCAGAAGCACGGCAUUCGCAGCUUUCUGAUCAAGUCACUGCGCGCCCCCAUGCACGAUCCGAGACGCGUGCAGCGCGAGCGACAGGCCAAGAAGCUGAGCGAGGCCAACAAGUCGAACUUCAUGCACAACUCCACGCUGCACCAGUACAACCAGGUGCGCAACCAGGCCAAGCUGGAGAUGUGUCGCGAGCUGGACAAGAUGCCCAUCGGUCGGAUACAACUCACCAAGGUGUUCCGGCGCAGCACUCGCCUCACCCAGGACGAGAUCGAGGAGGAGACCUUCCGGCGCAACAUCAGCUCGUUCUGUCUGUUCUUCCGCAUCCGCAACUGGGAGAUGCAGUACAUGCGGGAGCCGGACGUGAUGCUCAAGUACAGCAUUGCCCUCUCGUGGGUGAUAUACAUGGGCCUGCUGACCAUCCAGCUGCUGAGCAAGGAUGCGAGGUACCAUUACUGGUUCAUCGAUGGCACCACCAUCAUCCUGCUGACCAUGCUGCUGAUCGUCUCCUGGUACAAGAAGCUCUGGAUAAUGUACGUGUCCGACGCGGAGGUGUCUGUGCCCACGAGUCGCCUCAGUGCCUGCCUCUUCAACAUGUCGGAUGUGAUGCAGCGCAACGUGGUUCUGCGCAUCGUCAUCUACUUCCUGAUCAUCUUCUCGUACUGCGCUGUGGCCGCCAUGCAGGUGCUGGGCUGCAGCAAGGACGAGGACUACGAGGACAGCGAUCCCAGCAUAGAGGAUCGGCUACUCUGCUUCCAUCCCUGGAUCCUCACCAACUGCAUGACGCUGGUCAUUGGCAUGUCCUUCCUGUUCACACGGAUCCCAUUCAUCAUCAAGGCCUGCUUCUCCACCAUCAUCACGAUUGUGUACGCAGCUCUGGUGAUAUUCGAAUUCGACCACAUCUACGCCAACAGCCCCUCCACCAAUGUCAACUUCAACGCCAAGUACUCGCACAUCCUGCUGAUGAUCAUCACGCUGGGCAUCUUCCAUCUGAUGGAGCGGCAGACGGAGUUCAUAGCCAAGGUGGACUACAACUGGAAGCGACAACUGAUGAAGAAGCAGGAAGAUGCCCUGAUCACCAACGACACAAUCAAAGUGCUGCUCACCAACAUAUUGCCCUCGCACGUGGCUGACUUCUAUCUGUCGACGCAGCUGCAGAACGAGCUCUACUACGAGGAGUACGACAAUGUGGCCGUGAUGUUUGCCUCCAUCAAGAACUUUGACACGGACAAGAUCGGACUACGGGUGCUGAACGAGAUCAUCUGCGACUUUGAUGAUGUGCUGAACCAAUAUGCGCAGAGUCUGCGCGUGGAGAAGAUCAAGGUGGCCAACUGGACAUAUAUGGCUGCCUGCGGCCUGGACGUGUCCCGCUCCGAGCAGGUCAACGCCCCCCAGAUGAAGUUCCGCAACGUCUCGCUGAUGCCCAACGGUCGUCGCAGUCGCUACGACGGAGCGCGCAGCUCCGACUCGGACGGCAUCCAUCGCGUGCCCUACGGCAAUGGCAGCAACAUUGCCCUGGACCUGGACCUUGAGCGGGGCCAGUACGAGGGCGAUGUGAUAGCCAGUGCCCCGCGCACCAGCAACGUUGGCCAGCAGACAGCCGGCAACAGCAGCAACGAGGUGGUGCUGGUGAUGGCCCGGUUCGCCCUGGAUCUGAUGCGAGCCAUGCGCCGCUUCAAUGCCGAGAACAUGCAGACGGAGUACGAGGGGAGCACCGACUACGGCAUGCUGAGAAUCGGCAUCUCCCACGGCCGGGCCAUGGCCGGGGUGGUGGGUAUAUCGAAGCCACACUACGACAUCUGGGGCAACCCGGUGAACAUGGCCUCGCGCAUGGACUCCACGGGGGUGCCGGGUCAGAUCCAGGUCACCGAGAACACUGCCAUCAAGCUGCGGGAGUUCAACAUACAGUGCAACUAUCGGGGCAUGACCUUCGUCAAGGGGCGUGGCAACAUUCCCACCUACAUCAUUGGCACCGACAGCGAAUACGAGUUCCUGCCCCAUCGACCCGAGCCCCAACACAAAGAAGACUAGCUGAAUUUAAUAGAUAUUCGAUUUUAAGCAUCCAUUUCCAUGUACAUACAUGUAUAUACAUAAACACUUACUUACAUAUUAAUGCACAAAACAAACUAAUUCAUAAUAAUUGCCCUGAAUAAAGAAUUACGAUUAUAUUC